UACAGAGCUGGACGUACUGCAUUUUCAGUCAAUUUAAGAUAAUAAUUUAGCAGAUUAUCGUUGUAAGCAGCGGUUUUGCUCAAACUUAUAAAGACGAGAUAUUAUAUUACCAGUUGUCAGUUCAUUUUAAACCAGCUUUGCUGUUGUAGACACCCAAAAACAAUAAAACGUCUGCAGAAGCUCGCCUCUGUGUAGAGCAUCAAUCUGACACACCUCCUCAGAGAUAAAUAACAGUCAGCAUGGGAUAUUUAAAACUGAUCGAGAUCGAGAAUUUCAAAUCUUACAAGGGCCGCCAAAUAAUCGGACCGUUUCACAAAUUUACAGCAGUAAUUGGACCAAAUGGAUCUGGGAAGUCAAACCUAAUGGAUGCCAUCAGUUUUGUAUUGGCGGAGAAGACAAGUAACCUGCGGGUUAAAACCCUGAAGGAUCUCAUCCAUGGAGCACCAGUGGGAAAACCAGCAGCCAACCGUGCCUUUGUGAGCAUGGUCUACUGCGAAGACAAUGGAGAUGAACGUACAUUCACACGGGUCAUCAUUGGUUCCUCUUCAGAGUACCGAAUUAACAGUAAGGUGGUUGGGCUUUCAGAGUACAGUGUGGAACUGGAGAAACUUGGUAUCCUUAUUAAAGCCAGAAAUUUUCUUGUGUUCCAGGGUGCGGUGGAGUCCAUAGCUAUGAAGAACCCUAAAGAGAGGACCGCUCUGUUCGAGGAGAUCUCCCGCUCUGGUGAAUUGGCCCAGGAGUACGACCGCAGAAAGAAAGAAAUGGUGAAAGCAGAAGAAGACACACAGUUCAAUUAUCACCGUAAGAAGAACAUAGCAGCUGAGCGCAAAGAAGCCAAACAAGAAAAAGAGGAGGCUGAGAGGUACCAGAGAUUGAAAGAUGAGGUUGUCAGAGCUCAUGUGCAGUUACAGCUCUUUAAACUCUACCAUAAUGAAGCAGAGAUCGAGAAGCUGAACCGAGAGUUGUCCCAACGCAACCGUGAGAUUGAGAAGGACAGGAAGAAGAUGGAUCAUGUGGAGGAAGAGCUCAAGGAAAAGAAGAAGGAGCUUGGAAGAAUGAUGAGGGAACAGCAGAAUGUGGAGAAAGAGAUAAAAGAGAAAGAUGCUGAGCUCAACCAGAAACGGCCGCAGUACAUCAAAGCAAAGGAGAACACUGCGCAUAAGAUCAAGAAACUGGAGGUAGCUCGAAAGUCUUUCCAGAAUGCCCAGAAGAUGUACAAGAAGCGUAAGGCAGACAUAGAGGAACUAGACCGGGAGCAGGGCUCUGUGGAAAUGGCAAGACAAGAGUUUGAGGAACGAAUGGAAGAAGAGGCCCAAAGCCAAGGCCAGGAUCUAACACUGGAAGAGAACCAGGUGAAGCAGUAUCACAGACUGAAAGAGGAGGCCAGUAAGCGGGCAGCUACCUUGGCACAAGAGCUGGAGAAGUUUAACAGGGAUCAAAAGGCCGACCAGGACAGACUGGAUCUGGAGGAGAGGAAGAAGAUUGAGACAGAGGCCAAAAUCAAGCAGAAGAUUCGAGAGAUAGAGGAAAACCAGAAGCGCAUUGAAAAGCUGGAGGACUAUAUCACAACAAGCAGGCAGUCUCUGGAUGAGCAGAAGUGUAUGGAAGAAGAAUUGACCGAGGAAGUGGAGCUGGCCAAAAGAAGGAUUGAUGAGAUAAACAUGGAGUUGAACCAAGUGAUGGAGCAACUUGGAGAUGCUCGCAUUGAUAGGCAGGAAAAUAGCCGUCAGCAGCGCAAAGCUGAAAUUAUGGAGAGCAUUAAACGACUCUACCCUGGCUCAGUGUAUGGCAGAUUGAUCGACUUGUGCCAGCCCACCCAGAAAAAAUAUCAGAUUGCUGUGACCAAAGUCCUCGGAAAAAACAUGGAUGCCAUCAUUGUGGACUCAGAAAAGACAGGCAGAGAUUGCAUCCAGUACAUAAAAGAGCAAAGAGGAGAACCAGAGACCUUUCUGCCUCUAGACUAUUUAGAGGUGAAACCCACAGAUGAGAAACUGAGAGAGCUUCGAGGGGCCAAGCUUGUGAUUGACGUGAUCCGCUAUGAGCCUCCACACAUAAAGAAAGCCCUCCAGUAUGCCUGUGGGAAUGCUCUAGUGUGUGAGAAUGUGGAGGAUGCCCGCAGGAUUGCCUUUGGAGGCCCGUACCGUCAUAAGACUGUGGCCUUGGAUGGUACUCUAUUCCAAAAGUCUGGCGUGAUCUCUGGAGGAGCUAGUGACCUGAAAGCUAAGGCUCGACGUUGGGAUGAGAAAGCUGUGGACAAACUCAAGGAAAAGAAAGAGAAACUAACAGAAGAAUUGAAGGAACAAAUGAAGGCAAAGAGAAAGGAAGCAGAGCUUAGACAGGUGCAGUCUCAGGCUCAUGGGCUACAAAUGAGGCUCAAGUACUCACAGAGCGAUCUGGAACAGACCAAGACCCGCCACCUCUCUCUUAACAUGCAGGAGAAAUCAAAGUUGGAGAGCGAGCUGGCUAAUUUCGGCCCACGAAUCAAUGACAUCAAAGGAAUGAUCCAGGCACGAGAAAGGGACAUUACAGAGUUAAGAGACCGUAUGAACCUGGUGGAGGAUGAGGUCUUUGUUGAGUUCUGCGAGGAGAUUGGUGUGCGAAAUAUCCGCGAGUUUGAAGAAGAAAAAGUCAAGAGGCAAAAUGAGAUUGCCAAAAAGCGGUUGGAGUUUGAGACACAGAAGACCCGUCUGGCCAUCCAGCUUGAUUAUGAGAAGAACCAGCUGAAGGAGGACCAGGAGAAAGUGUUGAUGUGGGAGCAGACUGUAAAGAAGGAUGAGAAUGAAAUUGAAAGACUUAAAAAGGAGGAACACAGGCAAAUGAAGAUUAUUGAUGAGACAAUGGCACAGCUGCAGGACCUUAAGAACCAGCACCUCACUAAGAAAGGAGAGGUCAAUGACAAGAAUCGGGAGAUGGAGGAGAUCCGCAAGAAACUAGGGGCUGCCAACAAAGAGCUGACACAGCUUCAGAAGGAAGUGACAGCCAUUGAGACCAAGCUAGAGCAGAAACGCAGUGACAGACACAACUUGCUGCAAGCCUGCAAGAUGCAGGAUAUUAAACUGCCCCUAAAAUCAGGGACCAUGGAUGACAUUAGCCAGGGAGAGGGAAGCUCUCAAAUUGAGGAUUCUAUGAGCAGCCUGAAAGCAUUGAGCUCAGUGCAUGCCAAGGAGGCCCUCAUAGAGAUCGACUAUAGCAACUUGAAUGAGGACCUCAAGGAUGCUCUGUCAGAGGAGGAGAUCAAGGCAGAGAUGAACACACUACAACAGAGGCUGAACGAACAGCAGAGCAUCCUGCAGAGAAUCAGUGCCCCUAACAUGAAGGCCAUGGAGAAACUCGAGAGUGUUAGAGACAAGUUCCAGGAAACCAGUGAUGAAUUUGAGGCUGCCCGGAAAAGAGCAAAGAAAGCCAAACAGGCCUUUGAGCAGAUUAAGAAGGAGAGGUUUGAUCGUUUCAAUGCCUGUUUUGAGUCAGUGGCCACCAACAUUGACGAGAUCUACAAAGCACUCUCACGUAACAGUAGUGCACAGGCAUUCCUGGGGCCAGAAAAUCCAGAGGAACCUUACUUAGAUGGAAUCAACUACAACUGUGUGGCUCCAGGAAAGCGAUUCAGGCCCAUGGACAAUCUGUCCGGAGGGGAGAAGACGGUAGCAGCUUUAGCACUGCUUUUUGCCAUUCACAGCUACAAGCCUGCACCCUUCUUUGUCCUGGAUGAGAUUGAUGCUGCUUUGGAUAACACCAACAUAGGCAAGGUGGCCAAUUACAUAAAGGACCAGUCAGUCCAGAAUUUCCAGGCUAUUGUCAUCUCUCUCAAAGAGGAGUUUUACACAAAAGCUGACUCCCUCAUUGGAGUUUACCCCGAGCAAGGAGACUGUGUCAUCAGUAAAGUGCUGACCUUUGAUCUUUCCCAGUAUCCGGAUGGCAAUCCCAAUCCCAAUGAUUAGGUCACUUUACUCUGAAUGUAUUGGUAGACAAGGGUUGAGAAUUAAAAGGAUAGUUCAUCCCAAAAUUUUAAUUCUCUAAUUUUUUACCAAAAAGGAUUUAAAAUAUUGAUCUCUUUCUUACUCACACCUAUCAUAUCACUUCUGAAGACAUGGAUAUAAACAAUGGAGUCUUAUGGAUUACUUUUAUGCUGCCUUUAUACGGUUUAGAACGUUACAAUUUUGGUACCAAUUUACUUGCAUUUUAUGGACUUACAGAGCUUAAAUAUUCUUCUAAAAAUCUUAAUUUGUGUUCAGCAGAAGAAAAAAAGUCAUACACAUUUGGGAUGGCAUAUGAUUGGGUUAGUAAAUGAUGAGAUAAUUUUUAUUUUUGGGUGAACUAUUCCUUGAAGAGAAUGAUCAACGUCAUCUUUCCAAAAACAUUAUUACAGUAAUAAAAUAUUAUGUAAAAAGUAAUAAAAGUCAUAUUUACAUAUAUAUUUUAAUGCAGAAUGUUGCUAAAUUGCUAUAUUGUCUAAUGGAUGCCAAAUUGUAUGCAUGAUUGUUAAAAUAAAAUGCAAACUGUUGUGCUGCAAAUAGACUAUAGAUUAGAUACUUGUGAAAAGCUAUGUUCAGUUAAACUGGAAAGACUAGUGCACUGAUUUUGCAUAUAGCCAAUGUUUUGUCUGCACUUUCUUGGUGUAAUGCUUGUGUAACAUCUUACAUGAAACACAAUUGAAGUGUCAACCCAAAACAUCUUACCAUAUUGACAAUUGUGCCUUUUGUAUUUAAGUACAGUGGGGAAUGUUUAAUAUGUAAAUCUAUUUUAUGAUUUUUCUCUUCUCUCCUUAGGGAAAAAUGUGAAACAUGUACU